AUGACGUCGAUCGAGGAUUUGGUGUCAGUGGAGUUCGAAACUGGGGAUAAACCGGAAUCAUUCGAGAAAGUGAUUCGUCCCUCGACAUUUUUCUCCUGGAUUUUGGGUGUUGGCAUUGCGAGACCUCUGAAAUCAUGGAAAAUCGCAACGUUUUUUCUGCGUUUCGUUAAUUUUGCGAUAUGCUCGUCAAUCGUGGCGUACGGUGCCAUCGACUUCUUCUUCUUCGGUAGUGUAUUCAAGAGUGACACUUUCAAGAUAAUGUACUACAUGAACAAAGUAGCUUGUUACAUAUCCUCGUACUAUUACGUAUUCCACGGUCUUGUGCAAUACAAAAAGUGGCCAAUUUUGAUGGAGAGAAUCGCAGCUAUCGACAAAAAAAUGAGGCAUUGUGGACUGGAGUGCAACAAUAGAUCCAUCAGAUGUUUUCAGAUUUUCACACUGAUUAUGACGUGUCUCCUCGGCCCCAUCUCCCUCGUUUCCCAUGCACUCUAUUACCUGUACACUCAGCCGGAAGAGAUUUUUGCUUCCGAUCUGCUGUUGUAUCAUACUAUCAGCCAGUCUCUCUGCAUAAAUUUUGAGUUCGAUUUGAUUGUCAUGGGAAUUUAUGCGAGAUUCAGGGAGAUUAAUCGGGGGAUUCGGCGCAGUGGCGAACAGAUCACUGCCGGCAGGAUCAUUAUGGAGAUUCGGAAAGCGCGAGAGGUUCAUCAUGCUCUUUGUGCUCUUGUGAGAUACAUCAACAGCAUCCACGGCAUGCAUCUUCUCCUGAGCUCUCUCAAUUCAUUCACAAUGGUCGUAGCAACACUUUUCCGAAUAUAUAUGGGUGUUGUCGAGGGAAUAGACAAAUUUAUGAUGAUAAACAACGUCAUCUGGUUGACUUACACAGCGCAAUUUGCAUUGACUUGCUUUAUCUGCACUUGGGCGCGCAGAGAGUCAUCAAGAACAGGGAUUAUAAUCCACGACAUUGUUCUGAGGAGGCUACCCAAAGGGCCAAGACCCUGCGACCUAUACUCAAUCGACAUUACCAGAGCCCCUGAAGACCCAGAGCUCAGCCUCCGCAAUGAAAUCAAUGAUUUCUCAGCACAACUGGACCACAGCAUCAUCGCAUUCACUGCAUGCGAAUUUUUCAUCAUGGACAAUAAUCUCUUGACUAACUUUGUUGGAGUUAUCACAACUUAUUUGAUCAUUCUGGUGCAGUUUUACGCGCCUGAGGGCGUCUGUGGUGGAAUGAGCACGACACCCUCGGUGGAGUUGUAGAUGAAGGAUGUUUCUUUGGCAAAGUUUGAUGCACACGUUCACAAAAAAUAUUUGUCAAUUAAAAAAUUCAAUCACUCUAGUAAUGUGCGUUCUCAUUGAGCAUAAAGAUUUCUGUCACCCACGAACAAAUUUCAUAGAAAAAUAUAACGAAUUCGCUAAAAAAUUCUGUUGGAUUUCUGUUGAACUUUUAUUGAAAAUUUU